CUCAAGUCGUGAACGAAACGAAUCAGCCAAUCGUUUCCAUCAGUAUCCAUCAUUGUAGUCGAUAUGCGCCAACAAGUUUUCGUUGUGUUUGUCAUCCAUUGCAUUCUUGUCGUGCCGUUCACUUCGGCAGGAAAAACACCUUUUUUGAGAAACAAGUCGAUUGAGACGGAAAGUCAAUCGUCCAUAACCGAAUUCGAUCCAGAGUACACUGCGAUGAAUGACGAUCUACCACAAACUAUUCUGCGAUUGUCACAAAAUCUCAUCCAUCCAGCAACAUCUGAUUUUCUUCCGGACACGGAUAGCCGCCAUUUAGUUGGCCAAACAACCACCAAUCCACCCGCUGACAGUUGGGAUCGAAAUUCUGCAGAUACCUGCGGAGGUACCGUCAAUGUCCCCUUGUCCUUUGAUCGACUCACACCGAUCGAAUCGUCACAAUUUCCGGAAGAACGCGCUUAUCCUUUAGUUUGCCGCUGGAUUGUCAAGGUAACGAGUAAGAAUUGCAGUCUGGGUCGAAUCACGUUGAGGGUGGACGGUCGCAGUCGAUUGCCGGAUGUGGUCGGAUGCGCUAGAGGAUUUUACCGUAUUUAUCCAUUCAUGAAGGAAGCAAAAAUUUGCGGGCGCAUUGGCGACGUUCCGCCCUUCCAGUGGUACGUCGACAACCACCAACCAAAAGAUGUGACCAUUAUUAUGGAUAAUACAGGAAUCGGCGACGGAAACCCCGAGGGCUUGUCAUUUACCCUUCAAGGUGAAUGUGUGAAUGACAAGAUGAUUGGAGUCAGAAAGGAAAACGUCAGAUUCAGUCGACGAUGGAUAAAUCGACAAAUCGAAGAUUUUGAAGCCGGAGAAGGGCCUAGAAUAAUUAUCAAGCCCAGCCAUGGUCUCAAACAUCAAAUUCCCGUUACAAAAGUACCAAAAACUACUUCAACUAGCGCAGCACCAACUAAACAACCAGCUGUUUUUAAUGACAACAAUCAUGAAAACGACGAACCUUGGCUCAUCUCGGAAUCCCCAGAAUCCAGCCAUCCAUCAUAUUCGUCGGAUUCAGUCACCUAUUUCCCUUCGUCAACAGAAAACACAAGUCAGCGGCCAUCAUCGACGACCGUUCGCCCACCCACAACUUAUUUCAACGACUAUCAAGACAUUCCAUGGGUUAUUCUGAAAUCUCCUGAGCAAACAGACGACCAUUAUUCGGCAUCAUCGUUUGAAGUUUACCCACAUAAUAACCAAGCCGAUAAUGUGAAACAAGUCCCAGAAAUGACGACUAAAAAUCCGUGGCUGGCUAUGAAAUCUGCUUACCUUCGUAAAAAUUCUACUGCUUCAUCAUUAAAGUCAACAUCUCCCUACAAUCAACAUUACUAUUCAAAAGACCCAAACCGCAAUAUACCAUAAACAGGGAAAUACUUAACACUGCAAUCACUUCUCUACUACUUAGGACAACAGCUAAAUAUAUUCCGACAACUGGCAGGCCAAUGACGACCGAUCUGCCAACAACCGAUCCACCAACUACUCCUGAAGUUACUUCUAACCUCAUCAGAUAUUCGACACAGCCACAAACGACCAUUUUGAAUCAUAAUAAGUUCAAUUCUUUUCCUACCUUUCCAGCAUCGAACGAAACACCAGUAGCAACGAAUACCUUCACCAGUCCAGCAACAACAGAGCCCAGUGGAACUGUCAAAGUUGGAUCAGCUGAGAACGACGCCGAUAUGUUUAACAUCAGCUUGAAGGAAGAGAAAUCUGGUUUGACCAAAUUACAACAGACAUUUAAGCGAACUUACAACAAAUUAAUGAAAAUCAUGUCCUAAAUAAAAUACAAAAACAAAAUAAGAUUUGUUUAGCUUAUCGGAAUGAGUGUAGCCAUUCCCUGAAUUGAAACCUAUAAAAAUUUGUGGAAUAAAGUAU